UACAAACCCCUUUCUUUCCCGUUCGCGGUAAACUCUUCCCACGACACGACGGAUUUCAAAAAGAAAACGACGACGCAUGUAAAAUCUCGACCACCACGUGGCACAAAUCCAUCGGUCACUUUGCAUCCAGUACAAAAAUCUCGACUGUCCACCCCUCGUUACCAUUUCCUCCACCGAUUUAAACCGGAAAAUGUUAGCGAGACAUCCGCCGUGAAAACGGUAACGGAAAUGGUGAAAAAUCCCAACCUGAGAAAAUAGAUUUUCUUUUUUUCAGAUUUUUAUAUUUUCCGAAUUCCUCAACAAAUCCCAACUACUAAGCUGGACUCGGCAACGAGCGUUGAAAUCGUGUUUUUUAGUUUGUUUUAAGAAGCUAGUUUUGAAGCGUGUGAAGGAAGGCGCCUUCGGUGCUUUAGAGAGAGAGAGAGAGAGGGAGAGAGAUACCAGAAAAUGCGAGCUCCGUCGAUCGCCAGCAGCUCCAGAAGAUCAAGCUACCAACGGAAUUCCGACUACUACGACGGAGAUCGCAACUCGGCCGAUUAUGGCAGUGUCGGCGGCGGAAUGCUGCCGAUCUUCCUCGCCGAUCUGAGCAGAAACCAGCAGAAGGAUUUCGUCGAAGUAACGCUCGAGAUCGACGAUGACUCCAUCGUCGUCUCCAGCGUCACCCCGACGGCAAACGACGGCAGGUCUUACAGCCGGAGCAUGUCGACGACGUCGAGGAUCCGUCGGAAGUUCCCGUGGCUGAGAUCGGGAUCGUCGCGUUCGGAGGCAUCGACGGCGGAAGAUCCGACGGUGGCCGCUCGUGAUGCUCGGAGGCUGAAGGCGAGGCUGGACAGAACGAGAUCGGGUGCACAGCAAGCGCUGAAAGGGCUGAGGUUUAUAAGCAAGACUACCGGGAGCGUCGGCACGUGCGAGCUAUGGGAAAAGGUGGAGUCGCGGUUUGAGUUGCUGGCGAAGGACGGUCUGCUCUCGAGAGACGAUUUUGCUGAAUGCAUUGGAAUGCUGGAUUCAAAGGAAUUUGCGGUGGGGAUUUUCGACGCUUUGGCGAGAAGAAGGCGUCAAAACAUAGAGAGAAUUACAAAGGAAGAGUUCUACGAUUUCUGGAUGCAGAUUUCAGACCAGAGCUUUGACGCCCGGCUUCAGAUAUUCUUUGACAUGGUGGAUAGCAAUGCAGAUGGGAAAAUAACAAGAGAGGAAGUGCAAGAGCUGAUAACGCUGAGUGCUUCUGCAAACAAGCUGUCGAAGUUGAAAGAACAGGCGGAAGAAUACGCAUCUUUGAUAAUGGAAGAACUCGAUCCUGAAAAUCUUGGCUACAUUGAGCUGUGGCAGCUGGAAGCGUUGCUGCUGCAAAGAGACACGUAUAUGAACUACAGCAGGCCGCUGAGCACUGCGAGCGCGGGAUGGAGCCAGAACAUCGGACUCAAACCAAAGAACCUGGUGCGUCGGAUGAGCGGUGCGCUACGGUGUCUCAUCCAAGAGAACUGGCAGAGGGCGUGGAUUAUCAUGCUCUGGGUAGUGAUCAUGGCUGGCCUGUUCGCAUGGAAAUUCAUCCAGUAUCGGAAUAGAGCUGCCUUUCACGUGAUGGGCUACUGCUUGACUACGGCAAAAGGUGCUGCGGAGACACUGAAGUUUAACAUGGCCCUCAUCCUGCUUCCCGUGUGCCGCAACACGCUGACGUGGCUCCGGUCAACAAGAGUUCGGCUCUUUGUCCCUUUCGACGACAACAUAAACUUCCACAAGAUAAUCGCUUCCGCCAUCGGGAUUGGAAUCAUCGUCCAUGCUGGAAAUCAUCUGGCCUGUGACUUCCCACGUCUCAUUAGAUCAUCUCCGACACAAUUCGCUACCAUAUCAUCUUAUUUCAAUAACGAGAAGCCCACGUACGUAAGCCUCCUGACGGGGAUCGAAGGUGUCACUGGGAUUGCAAUGGUGAUCCUCAUGACGAUUGCAUUCACCCUCGCAGCCCGCGGAUUCCGAAAGAACCUCGUGAAACUACCGUCGCCUUUCAACAGGCUGACGGGCUUUAAUGCCUUCUGGUAUUCGCAUCACCUCCUCGCCAUAGUCUAUGGAUUGCUGAUUGUGCAUGGAUAUUUCAUGUAUCUCGUCAACAAAUGGUAUGAGAGAACGACAUGGAUGUACAUCUCAAUUCCUCUGCUACUCUAUAUAGGCGAGAGGACUCUAAGAACAUUCCGAUCCGAAUCUUACUCAGUUAAGAUCCUGAAGGUUUCUGUCCUACCAGGAAGUGUCUUGAGCUUGAUCAUGUCCAAGCCCCAUGGAUUUCGUUAUAAAAGUGGGCAAUACAUUUUCCUCCAGUGCCCCACAAUCUCCCCAUUUGAAUGGCACCCUUUCUCUAUUACUUCAGCACCUGGAGACGAUCAUCUCAGUGUUCACAUCCGAACCUUAGGAGAUUGGACUGAAGAACUGAGGAGAGUAUUUACAGAGGAAUACAGUGCACCAACGGUGAUUGGAAGAGCGAGGUUUGGCGAAUUGGGAAGAAGAGAUAAUAAAGGUUUGCCAAGAUUGCUUGUUGACGGCCCGUACGGAGCGCCAGCCCAGGACUACAGGAACUACGAUGUCUUACUCCUUGUUGGGCUUGGAAUCGGAGCAACGCCUUUUAUAAGCAUCCUCAGAGACCUACUCAACAACAUAAGAAUAGCCGAAGAUCUGAUGGAUUUGAUCACGGAGACAAGCAGAUCAGACGAUAGCGCUAACAGCUUUCCGUCAUCGUCAACGAUGACGACGACGCAAAGCAAUGGCAAGAAGAAGUCUCAAAGGACCACCAGUGCACACUUCUAUUGGGUUACAAGAGAACCAGGAUCUUUUGAAUGGUUCAAAGGAGUAAUGAAUGAGGUUGCAGAAAUGGAUCAGAAGGGCGUCAUCGAGAUGCAUAACUAUCUUACAAGCGUUUACGAAGAGGGGGAUGCAAGAUCAACGCUUCUAACCAUGGUGCAAGCUCUCAACCAUGCCAAACACGGCGUCGACAUCGUCUCGGGAACUCGGGUAAGGACACAUUUCGCAAGGCCAAAUUGGAAAGAAGUGUUUGCAAAAAUAGCUUCAAAGCAUCCAUGCGCCACAGUAGGUGUAUUCUACUGUGGCAUGCCCGGGUUAGCGAAGGAGCUGAAGCGUUUAUCUCAUGAGUUGACUCAUAGCACCUCGACUCGGUUCGAGUUUCACAAGGAGUAUUUCUAAUCUCCAAGGAAAAAAGAUUCAACAACAACAAAAAAAAAAAAAAAAAAAGCCUUGGAGUGUGUCAUCUGUUUUUGUAAUUAAAUAGAAAAGUAUGUCAUUAGCCUUCCAAAUGUAAAUAAUAUAAUACGAAAAUAGUUUAUAUUUACAAAAUUCAUUUUGCCUCUGUCCCGACUCAGGACCGCCAGUUUGUCGCCCCACUGAGGCCCAUGUGCUGAGAUGGUCCGGUGAUGGGAACCGUCCAUGUUCUCCGUGCUAACUUGAAUAAGCUUUGGUCCAAUAUCAAGCCUUGGAGUAGAAUGUUUGAGAACUUUAUUUUCAAUUUUCUAAAUUCAUCUACUACAUAUAGUGAUGAUCAAAAUCUCCCCUUGAGUAUUAGUUUAUAAGGUGGACUGAUUAACAAAUCAUCUAGAACGUGGAUGGAUCUGAUCAUUGGACCAUCUCAGCAUGUGGGCCCCAAUGGAGUGACAGAUUCCUGGGAUCAUGGAUCGCGACAGAGGCAAAACGAAUUCAUAUUCAAGAUAGAGAGAUAAAGGAGGUUUAUAGCUUCUCACAAGCAAUUUAUAGCAAUUUGAGCUUUUGCGGCUAGCAUUUAUAUAUAAAGAUUCUUUUUUUCUUUCUUUU